AUGCAAACGCAUGGUCCUCAGUUUUCAAGCCACCUGCAAGGAAUCAAACGGCAGCGACAAUCCUCGUACGACGGCGCAUCGGACCGCAACAGCCAUGCAAUCCUGAUCGACCAGCUCGUCGCGUCACCGGCCAGCCCUUCAGUAGGUGCAAAUGGACACGCUUCCAGCAAGGCCAGCCAGAACAGCAGCAACUUUCGCAACGUAAGUGCCUGCAACCGCUGCCGCUUGCGUAAGAAUCGUUGCGACCAGAAACUCCCCAGCUGCGCAAGCUGUGUCAAAGUCGGCGUGGCCUGCGUUGGCUAUGAUCCCAUCACAAAGAGGGAGAUUCCGAGAAGCUAUGUGUUUUACCUGGAAACGCGCAUCGACCACCUUGAGAAGCUCCUCGUGGCCAACGACAUUCCAUUCCCACCGGCAGAGAAUCUCGACUUGUGCUCGCGACCCUUUACCGAUGCCGCCAGCAGCACCCCGUCCGCCGAGGACAACGUGUACUCGCCCCGGCCUGAAGCAAGCAACCUUGCCGAUUUGCGGCAACACCAGGCGCUCGACGCCCUCAACGCCAAGAAAGCUCCGCAGAACCCGGCCCUGGCCAACAUCAUCAGUCCCCUCAAGUCCAGGUCCUUGGCCUCGGCUUCUGGCGUUUCCUUUGCCCGGGUCGUCUUUGCCGCGGUUCAGUACUCGGUAUCGGAGCAAACGGGUGCUGCCGAUCGCCCGCCCGGACAGAGACCGAGCACCAGUACGUCCAUGAGAGAUUCCUUCUUUGGGCUGCACACGAGGCCAACCAUUCAACCCGCCCCCUUUCCCGAAAGGGAAGAGGGCAUGCGUCUGGCCACGCUAUACUUUGAGCAUGCGAACCCGCAAAUACCUAUCCUCCACCGCGUGGAAUUCAUGCAGACUUUCGACAAGGCGUACCAAAACGUCCCCGAGGUCUUGGCUGCUCGUGAGCUCUACAUGAUGAACAUGGUCUUUGCCAUUGGUUCCGGAGUCAUUCUGGGUGAGCCGGUCAAGGCCUCGCCUGCAGAUAAUGCAAAGAUGGGUCUGGGUCAGCCCAAGAACGUUCACCAACCCGAGGAGUACCACGCCAGCGCCAUUGUGCAUCUAGAGGAAUGCCUGAGCACCAGCGGCGGUUACCUGGAGGUUCUUCAAGCAGUCUUGCUGCUAGCCAACUUUGCCCUUUUACGGCCUGUCCCCCCAGGGUUGUGGUACAUUACCGGCGUCGCCGUUCGUCUGGCCGUUGAUCUGGGGUUGCAUCAUGAAGACACAGCCGAUAUGGAAGCCGUUCCCGCCGAGCCAGGCGUGGAUCCUGAUGCCGCUCGAGCAGCGGGAAUCCGAGAGGGAAACGCCCAAGACCGCGGCCGACGGGUCUGGAUUCGGGACCUGAGGCGACGAUUAUGGUGGUGCACAUAUACGUUUGAUCGGCUCGUGAGCACAUGCGUCGGUAGACCCUUUGGCGUGUGCGACGGGGUCAUCACAACCGAGUUUCCCUCGCUUCUCGACGACGAGCUGAUUACCCGCAACGGAUUUCGAGAGCCUCCGAAUGGCGAGGAUCACCCGAGCUCCAAGCACGUGGCGCACCACUAUUUCCGCCUGCGGCUGCUGCAGUCGGAAAUCAUGCAGGUUCUCCAGUACCAUCAAGCGCAACUCGCACGGGCAGCCAGCGGAAUCCAGGGCAGGAAGCAUCCCGGAACGCGCUCGCAUCUGUCGUGCCUUUUCCUCGUCCAGUUCGACUCGUUCCGGUCCUGGCGCAUAGACAUUGACCGCAGGCUGUACCACUGGAAGACUUCUGCGCCGACCAAGCAGGAGACUGGCGUCGCCUUCUCGACCGAGUUCCUGGAGCUCAACUAUUGGCAGGCCAUCAUACUUUUGUACAGGCAGAGCCUAAGCGUGCCGGCCGUGUUUGAAGGGGAGUACAACACAUCCGAUGAGGUGAACAGCCCCUCGGCCUUUACCGCCGAGCUGGGAGAAGACGAUGAUCGAAUCUAUCUCAAGGUGGCGGAAGCUGGGCAGAAGAUUCUCCGAAUCUACCGACAGCUCCACCUGAGCGGCCUCGUGAGCUACACGUACCUAUCAACGCACCAUCUGUUUAUGGCUGGCAUUUCGUACCUGUACGCAAUCUGGCAUUCGCCACUGGUACGAAGCCGUUUGACGUUGGACGAAGUCGACUUUACCGUCUUGGCGGCGAAAUCCGUCUUUUCGGACAUGAUUGACAAAUGCCCACCGGCCGAGACGUGCCGCGACGCCUUUGACCGAACAGCCAAAGCGACGAUCAAAAUGGCCAGCGCGAGCGGUGGAUUCGGGGUGCAUUUGCAGCAGCCGCGGCGGCAGAGGAGAGAGACGACGCCGUGGGCAACGUCUCCGGCCGGAUCGUCCAUGAAGGCUCCCACCAGCCAUCGCCACCAUCAGUCUGAGCAGCACUCGCCGUUCCAGUUUGACCUCUCCUUAUCCGACAGCUUGUCAUCGCCUGGCAUGUCGGCCGCGGGGGACAUGGGCGCCGGACACCACACGCCUCCUCCGGUCGGCAAAGUCGAGGCCUUUGACACGGACCCGUUCAUGUCAAGCACCAGCAGCGGCCCCAGUCCCGUUUCCAUCAGCCCCUUGCCCAUAAGCCCCGUCCAUGUUGACGGGAUGGGAAGAAAGGACGAGGCAGGUUCCAUCGACCCGUCGCUGAUGCCGUCCCCUCCUCCCACGGCACGAAGCAACCUGCCGCCGCAAGGCGGCUCGGGGGCAUCCUUUCCCAGCCCGCCGUUCGGCCUGCAGGGAUCCAUGAGCUAUCCCGACGCCAACGCCCACACCAUGGAGUUCCUUCGCAACCUGGGAGGCGUUCCGGGCGGCGAGGAGGUCGGCAGCGUCGACCAAGCUAAUCUGGACCUGAGGCUCGGCAUGAACUGGGACGGCAUGCACGGCGAGUACGGGGAGGGCCAGCAGAUGAACCCUUUCGGCACCUUCUUCUUUGGAGGCCAGCAAGGCGGCAGCAACAUGAACGGAAGCGGCGCGGGCAGCAACGUGCAUUGA